AUGAGCACUCGCCCACAACUCGACGCCUAUCAAUCCUUUAUGGAUCGUUUCACCGCUGCCCUCUCCCAGCAGGGGAAUACCCCUCGCCAAGUGUUGUCCAUGGGCUUCGGGUCCCCGGCUAUCACCAAUGGUUCACCGUCUGUCGCGACCCCUCCUGCCGCUGGAGCUUCUGCUGCAGUUCCUUCUGCCCCCGUGUCCCCCGCUACGGCUCUGACCCCUCUCUCCCUUGGCCAACAGGAGGUCAGACCUGCUCCUGUUGGCCCUUCGCAAGCUUUGGGUCAGUCUGCUACUGUGGUGGAGAUUGAUGAUGACGAUGAGGAGAUGGAGGUUGUUGAUAGUGAUGAAGAGAUGAGUGAUGAUGUUGAUGCCGAGGAAACGGGUGGUGCAAGUGAUGAAGAGGAGAUGGAUGAUGUCGUUGAUGAUGGGGAGUUGGGUGCCGGUGCUGAGAACGAUGGGACGGGGGUUGUGGACGUGAGUGGUGAGGUGGUGUUUGUGGAUAGAGCCGCAUGGGUGGCGGAGCUUAAGGCGCUGAGUCCUAUCCGUAUCACAAGGGGUUCCCCCGAAGCUCAUAUCACCAGUCAAUAUUCCGAUGGUGACAAGCGCGUUGAGUACGCCCAUAACUUGGAAGGGAUCAAGGCCGAGAAACGUCCUUGA